AAUGGAAUUUACGUUCAAAGCAAAUUUUAAACGUGACUCAUAUUGCAAUUCCAAAUUUCCAUGACAAUGGCAUAAUAGAUAUCGGACUUGUUUUUUAUAAGGAAACAGAUAUCAUCUACGAUAAAAAUUUAUAUCCUAUUAGUCACAAAAUCGAAGUAGCUCAAUUAAUAGGACGUAAAGUAAUAGAGGAAUGGUUUAAUAUCCCGUUGAAUAGUCUGUUAAUGUCGAAUUUUCUGAUGAAAAGAGGUUUUAGUGCAUUAUUUGCAAUGUAUGCUGUUAAUAUGAGUUAUCCAGAUUCUCGAAUAGGAAAUUUAUUUGUUGUUCAAAAUCAACAUUACUCUUUUAAUUUGGAUGAUUAUUUGUGGAAUUGGUAUUAUUAUAUGGGGAAUUCUACUUUAAAAGUUCACGGAUCAUUGGAAAUUCCCAAUUCUAUCAGAGCACCUUUUAUGCUGCGCAUGAUGGAACACUUACUCACAGGAGGAACAUUGCAGAAAUUAAUGAGCUCAUAUCACGAAAAUACCGAGAAUGGAAGAUUGGGCUUCGCAAAGCAUUGCCCCUCAUUAGAGUAGAAAGAGGUUAUAAUGAUUCUAUGGGCCAAACACAAUUAUGGGUACAAUAUACUGACAAAAUAGAAACUGGUUACAUUCCAAUAACUUUUACUACGGAAACAUCUCCUAACUUUGACAAUUUACUACUUAUUUUUAUUCGUUGUCACAAAAUGUCAAAUUACCAUUUAAAGAGAAUGGUUGGGUGAUAUUCAAUAUACAACAAGUUGGAUAUUAUCGCGUUAUCUAUGAUGAUGAGAAUUGGCGAAGAAUUUCAAACUAUCUAAACUCUGAUAAUUACAUGAAAAUUCAUGUUCUUAAUCGUGCCCAAAUUAUCGAUGAUGCAUUUCAUUUAAUGAUAGGAAACCAACUUAACUGCCAUAUAUUCUGGGAUCUCAUAGAGUAUUUGCAUCGAGAAGAAGAUUAUGUGGCAUGGUAUCCUAUGUUUUAAAGCUAUGGAAUACAUGUAUGGUACCUUUUUAUGGAAAGAAAUGGUUGGAAAUGUUACGUUAGAAUAAGGCACACAUUAUACAAGGUACUUGAAAGAAUCAAAUAUGAAGAAAUUGAUGAUACAGACGAACUUAGAAUAUGUUUACGACAAGAAGCUGCAAGAUGGCAUGUUUCU